UCAGCACUACUGUUGACGCGCGCGGCUAUUACAAACCUUACGUAUAAUUCUAGGUAGUUCUCCACCUUGGUUCCCUUCUGACUUUUGCAGUGCAAUCCUCAUCCUGUGGUCUUCCAAUGAUUUAACAAAUCCUAACUUGUUGAUCUACCGCCCUAGCACUGCAGCGCCCAUCUUUUUCUGAUAUUCAUGCAACGUUACAGCCCAUCGGCAUCAGCGCUGAUCGAGCAAUCUCAGAAACCGGUGUCAGAAAUCAUUAUAUCAGCGCGGGUCCAGGAACCAGGCAAAUGUGAAGUUUGAACCUUCCCCUCCCCCUCUCUAUCUCUCAUCGCUGUGGGCAUGAAGAUUAUCAAACAUCGAGGUCCAAGGCGCCCAUACCAAUCACCAAUUGCCGAGGAGCCUCCAUGCAAAAAAGCAUUACUGAUCGGUAUCAAUUACAAGACAGGCAAGGAUUCUGGGAGCGGCCAGUACGAACUGCACACGCCCCAUCGCGAUGUUUAUGACAUGAGGGAUCUUCUCAUCAAACAUUAUGGCUAUGACGACGCGAACAUCACCAUGCUAUUGGAUGACGGGAAAUCCGCCGAGAAACAACCCACGCAGUCAAACAUCAUUCGUGAAAUCAAAAAACUUGUUAAAGACGCAAAAUCUGGCGACCGUUUCUUCUUUCAAUACUCCGGUCAUGUCGGACAAGUGGAGAAUAAGAACAACAGCGAAGAGGACGGGAUGGAUGAAUGCUUGAUUCCCUGUGAUCAUAACAACGAGCAUAAUCCGAGAAUGAUCACGGACAAUGAGUUACGGCGGCAUCUCGUGGAUACUUUACCCAUCGGAAGUAGCUUGGUUGCCGUUUUUGAUUCCUGCCACUCCGCGUCGCUCUUGGAUCUCGACCAUUUCCGUUGUAAUAGAGUUUAUGUCCCUUGGAUAUCCAAAGGCCGCCGCAGGUCUGACUCUAUCUGGAACCGUAAUGGUAUGAAUCUUGAUAUCAAUCUACAGUCCCGCCCUCUAAAUACCGACCGCACAGUGCGACGCCAAGCCAUGCUAAACAGGUCGGUGUAUCAGACGAAACGCGUCAGUAGGAAGGUUGUCAAGUCCAAGAAAACCUCCAUCGGGAGAAUUGCGGACCCAAAUGUGGAUGUUCAUAUAAAAGCCACCCGACGUCUGUCAAUCAAAUCGACUUUCGAGAAAGAUGAUAGAUGGCUGGAUGAUACAGAGUUGUCACCUAUUCCCCGAUGUGAUUCUCCCAUUGCAAUAUGGCCCUGCGAAGGCUUUUGCCAGCCUUCCGACGCGGAAUUUCCACGUGUGAUAUCUCUGGGGGCUUGCAAAGAUGACCAGUUAUCUUGGGAAGACAGCAGAGGUGCUUCAAUGACUCGAGCUCUUAUCGAGAUCCUCAAGAAAGAUCCUCACCCAUCGUUGAAAGACCUCAUGACGAACGUCAGCCACGAAGUACAUAAGGCUUCUUUAAAUGUGCACAAGGAGGUUAAGACGUACAAGAAACGCAUGAAGGAGUGGCGCAGAGCUAAAGAAAGGCGAGGCCAAAAAGCAGCCGUAUCUGUGUCGGACGACGUGCCAGUCCUGGAGAUGGACAAUUUCCAAGAUCCACAGGUAAGGGUUCUGGACUGCCUUUCUAUUCGAUAAUCUCAUUUGUAUGCUUCGAUAGCUCUCCAGUCACCAACCCCUGGUGUGUUCUCUUGCCUUCUUCGUCUCCAUAGAUUGAUUUCCUAACCUGCUUGCUGUAGGAUAUGACUACCCCAUGGGACCUAUGACACUAUGUUUGGACUUCGUAUGCAUAACUUAUUACCCCAAGUGCAACCACAUCGAUUAUUUAACUUCAUAAGCUAUGAAUCACAUAUCUUAAUCUUAUCGCAUUAAAUUACUUAUAUAGUAUGUUGUUAAAAGUUCAUUGUAAAUAUACUAGCCAUGUUCAUGAGCAGUAGUGAGAGUGGAGGAUUGUGCGUUGAGCUGUUAACAUCCUUGAGCUUUAUAUUCGUGGUAGUAUUUGGCAAUACAUCAGCUCGACGGUUGUGGGAUUUAAGGCUUACGAAUCAGCGAAAGCUCACAUCAACAUGAUGGUAAAGGGAGC